GUGUCCAGAUUUCACCUCUCCAAACAAAAGCUAAUCUUUACAGUGCCUCUUCUGGGAAGCACAUGCCCUGAAAGCCGAAUGAACCAGUGAAGAAGACUGGCGAAGAACCCCGGCAGCUCUCCGUCUUUGCUGUCCACAGCAAACAGUAUUCAGAGGACUCUGCCAUUGCUGGAUCUUUCCCUCAACUUUCUUGUUUCAUUUCCACCUCUAAGUUUGGAGGUGAAAAAGUGUUAAAGCUGUUGCAGGGUUCAUAGCAACAGUUCUACCUAUUUUCUUAUAUAGUCUACAGCAUCUACAUAUACAUCCUCUUCUGCCAUGAAGAUGUUGUUUAAAUUACGGACUCUAAAAUCGUCGUGGACUCUGAAGUCUCCUUGUAGAGCUUUCCAUGAACACCCCGGGUUGCGUGCCUCUGAUUUAUAUUCGCAGUAUGAGUCUGUCAGGCGGGGUGCGCAGGAAAUGCCAAAGUACUUUAACUUUGCAAGUGAUGUACUGGACAAAUGGUCUGAGAUUGAAAAGGCUGGAAAGAGACCAUCAAACCCUGCCUUUUGGUGGGUAAAUGGAAAAGGAGGAGAAGUGAAGUGGAGCUUUGAGGAGCUGGGGUUCCUGUCUCGGAAAGCGGCCAAUGUGCUGACUAAAGUAUGUGGGCUGCAAAAGGGGGACAGAGUUAUUGUGAUCCUGCCGCGGGUCCCAGAAUGGUGGCUGGUGAACGUGGCUUGCAUGCGAGCAGGAAUUGUCUUAAUUCCAGGGAUAUCCCAGUUAACAGCCAAAGACAUAUUAUAUCGACUCCAGGCUUCAAAAGCCACGUGCAUCAUCACCAAUGACACGCUGGCUCCUGCAGUGGACUCAGUGGCAUCUGAAUGCCAGUUUCUGAAAACCAAGCUAAUCGUAUCCAAAGGCAGUAGGGAGGGAUGGCUCAACUUCACUGAAUUGUUCAAGAACCAAUCUGCUGACCAUUCCUGUGUCAAAACAAGGAUUCAAGACCCGGUGUGUAUCUUCUUUACCAGUGGAACCACAGGUUUUCCAAAGAUGGUUGAACAUUCCCAGAGUAGUCUUGGUUUCAGACCCCUGUUAAGUGAAAGGUACUGGUUGGAUUUGACUGCCUCAGACAUAAUAUGGAGCACAGCAGACACAGGUUGGAUAGUAACUUCACUGGCAUCUCUUUUCGAUCCCUGGGUUUUUGGAUCAUGCAUUUUUGUACACCACCUCCCACAGAUUGAAUCAGCCACCAUCCUAAAUACCCUCUCUAGGCACCCUGUGGGCACUCUGGUUGGUGCUCCAACAUUGUUUCGCAUGCUGGUGCAGAAUGAUCUCUCCAGCUACAAAUUCAUGAACCUGAAGCACUGCGUGAGUGGUGGGGAGCCACUCAACCCAGAAGUCAUGGAGCAGUGGAAAAGCAAGACAGGGCUGGACAUCCAUGAAAUAUAUGGCCAGACUGAAAUGGGAAUAAUCUGCUCUGUUUUUAAAGGAAUGAAGAUUAAACCUGGAUCAAUGGGAAAAGCAGCUCCCUUUUAUGAUGUUCAGAUUGUAGACAAAAAUGCUAAUAUUCUGCCUCCAGGACAAGAGGGGGAAAUUGCUGUCAGAAGCAAACCUAUAAGACCGCUUGGUUUUUUCUCUAAAUAUGUAGAUAACCCUAAGAAAACAGCAGCAAGUGAACGUGGGGAUUUUUUUGUCACUGGGGACAAAGGGACUAUGGAUGAAGAUGGAUAUUUUUGGUUUAUUGGAAGAGACGACGAUAUCAUCAUUUCUUCAGGGUAUCGCAUUGGACCAUUUGAAGUAGAGAGUGCCCUGAUAGAGCACCCAGCAGUAGCAGAAACAGCUGUUGUCAGCAGCCCAGAUCCCCUCAGAGGAGAGGUUGUGAAAGCAUUUGUGGUCCUGUCUUCCACCUUUUCAUGUGGUGACCUGAAGAGCUUAGCCCAUGAGUUACAGGAGCAUGUCAAGAAAACUACUGCUCCAUAUAAGUAUCCCAGAAAGAUGGAAUUUGUCCAACAACUGCCGAAGACAGUCACUGGGAAGAUCAAGAGGAACGAGUUGAGGGACAAAGAGUGGGGACGGAUGUAACAUUGUUGGAAGCUAACAGAGCUUCUUUCAUUCAGUUAACGCUGUAUAAAUUUCUCUGAUAUAACUGCCCUCCUUCUUAUCUGUUUUCUUUAAAAGCCUGAGUAUCUAAAAUCAUAGAUAAAGCCAAGAUGUGACGUUCAAGUCUGCUUGCAAAGCCUCUAAUGUCAGUGCCAGGGUUUCAGCUCCUGAAGUACUGCUGGGAAAAAGAAACAACUGUAUAACUCCAUUAUAGCCCUGAAUGUCCCAAAGUUCACCAGAAAUUGGCUGGUGACCCAUCUCUUUUAUUUAGCAUCUAGAUCCAUGAAAACUUGUUGCUGAUAGUGAUUGCCUAACUCCAAGCUUCAGAAAAGGACAGGCAUGGGUCUGAGUGGUUCAAAUGCUCUGUCCUUAAAAAGCAGCGUGCUUUCAGCAGAAUGCAGUUGUCCUAGCAUUUACUGAAAAUGGAAAGUCUCCUCUGUGUUGAUAUCACCAUAUCACCUUCACAGACCUCUCUGUUUAAUACGUGUGUUGAUGACAAGCAGGGCCAGCUUCUCCCACGUUCAUCAAGUACUGUCUGACACCAAGAGUAGCCAUAGCUUUGUUGCUCACCCUCUAUACUGAUCUUCAUGCAUAGACAAAACUCCUGUACUGCUUCUGACAGUCUGUGAAAAGAAGUUUGCUGUUGGACGACUAAUGCAAUCUGUAGAAGAGACCAGAGCUGUUUGCCGUCCUGGCUGCUUGCUGCAGGACAAGGUCAUCACAGCAGCCGUUCAGAUAGCGGUGAAAUCAGUGAACAAACUUCUGUAAUCUGGUUUGGAUGAUCACAUCUCUGUUUAAUGUUUAGCUUUAUGAAGAAGCAUGUACUGUACACAGCCUUACUUGUCACAGUUGCACAUGUAAUAGCGUGCCAUGUUUUAAGGCUGUAUUAGUUCUUAGCUGUUCAUCCUCAGGCUUUUUUUAAUUUUGUCUACUCAAAAAAGAUUUCAUUUUCUGAGGUGAAUUUUCAUUAGUUGACAAAAAUGUCUCCAGCCUUCAGCAGUCCCAUUCAUUAAACAAGACAUUGCUGGAGAACAGCAGUGUCUUUGGGCAGGUAAGAAGGUCUUUUGCAGCUGUGUCUUACUGCUUGGAGUUCUCUGUCUGCUACCAUCAUAGAGUGAGAUUUGGAGAAUGCUACUUUUGAGAAAAGAAAACAUUUUAUUUGGUUAUGUCAAUGAAAUAACUUCUGUACUAGUGACUACUGAAAUGAAAGCAAAUGUCAAUAAAUACAGUAUUUACUUCAUU